GUUCGGGUCCCUCCCUCCAAGUUUGUCCCGUCAGUGUUCAGUUGAGAGCGGAUAAGACUAAUACGGAGCAAGCCAGCGAAUUCCUCCAACCUGAAUUUCACUUUUUCAUUUACCGGUCAGCACACACUGUCUGAUGGUCUUGUUCAUGAAUCGACUGAGCCGACUCACGACAGCCUGUGGAAGGCAGUCUUCCAAACCAGUACACAUAGAACUGUAGUCUGCAUGCAACCCACUGCUAAUUCUGGGUUUGCUUGUCAGAUGAUAUUAGUCUCAGCAAGGACCAUCGCCCCUGAAGUACAGGAGAGGAUGAGCAGUUUUUUUAGGUGUAGAGGGCACAGAAGGUUUCAUCGACUUGUUUAAGAGGUGGUUGCUAAGAGAUGGCAAUCGGUGACAUUGGUGGGAGCCACUGAUGUAGAGCAGCCUGAUGCUCGACUUCUCCAGGAUCUCUUCCCUCCACACCUCCAUGUGUACCUGGCUCAUGUGAAGGACGUGAGAAUCGCUCUCAUAGCUACAGACUCACAAACUACCAUGGCAGCUUUUACUGCUGCUUGCGCCACCAGAAACACUGCGACCACCAUGGUGGCCCAAACUGCAUGGCAAAGGCAAGGGAGCAACGAAGAAGCGAGUAAAUGUGAAAAUGGGCACGUGGGACAAAACACUAUCCUGGAGAAAACCCACGAGUUCUUCCAGAUGUGUGACAUUGAGAACAAGGGCUUCAUCACCCGACGUGACAUGCAGAGGCUGAACGGCGGGCUCCCUCUCAGUGCAGAGGAGUUGGAGAAUGUAUUCGACACCCUUGAUUCCGAUAGCAAUGGAUACCUCACUCUCGACGAGUUCUCCUCUGGCUUUAGUGAGUUUUUAUUUGGGCAGAAGGUUUCUGUAGAGGACAGCAUGACAGAGAAACCCUCCUGUAAAAGCCCUGCGGAGGUCCUGUACCAGACCCAGUGGGAGGAGGGGCUGGUAAGAGGAGAUGAGGAUGAAGAAGAGGAGAAACACUUUUGCAUGCUUAUGGAGAGCCUCGGAGCCAACAGUGUCUUUGAAGAUCCUGCUGAGGUGCGCAGUUUGUGGGCUCAGCUGCGCCGUGAUGAACCACACCUAUUAUCCAAUUUUGAGGACUUCCUGGCCAGAGUGACAUCCCAGAUCUUAGAGGCCAACCAGGAGAAGUGGGAGAUGGAGAGCGCUCUCAAAAGGAAAGCAGCAACACACGAUGAUGAGAUCCAGCGCCUUUAUGAGGAAAUGGAGCAGCAAAUAAAAAAUGAAAAAGACAGGAUUCUGCUGCAGGACUAUGAACGGUUUUUGUCUCGCAGUCGAGACAUGGAGCUGCAGCUGUCCGGUAAGGAGAAGGAGCUGGAACAGCUCUUUCAGAAACAGAGACGGUUGGAGCAUCAGUACCAGGAGCUUCACAGUGAACAGCAUGUGACCAUGGUGGAGAAUGUGAAGUUGAAGCAGAUGAAUGACGAGUUAGCACGGGAGCUGGAGCACACUAGCCAAGAGCUGAUCUUGGCUCAAGAACAGCUGAGUGUGCUGCAGGAACAGUCUACACGGCUUCACGAGGAGAAGGAGAUUGAAAUCUACAGACUGACCGAGGGACUGCAUCGAGAACGAGCCACUCUCCUCAAACAAUUGGACCUUUUGAGGGAAAUGAACAAACAUUUAAGGGAUGAAAAGGACAUGUGUUAUCAGAAACCAAAGAAACCACCUGGUUUGAAGCAGAGGCCUGUAAUGAAUGUUGUGAAGCACACAAAUCUAUUCAAAAGUGAGGAUGAGGAGGACCUGGCCAGCAGCUCUGUGAAGCAGAACCUAGCCAAUGGAUCGUACCAGUCCACUCACACAGCAGAGACAAGAGGACACCUGCAGAGGAUCAUCUCCAUCGAGGAGGACCACCUCCCACAAUUGCUGCAGAGUGACCGUCAGGCCCAAGAUCCACUUCAGGAGUGUAGUGAGGGAGAGGACUCCUCAGACAAAGAGAAUAUAGACUUGGUGAUGAGCGAUAUUUACCCAUGUGCAUCCUCUCCCCAGCGGCAAAAGUCAAAAGGAACUGUGGAGAAAAUGGAAACCCCCACAUCUCCAAGGGGUCAGCCUGUUGGCAAGGAGACCAGCAUAAAUGAGGAAGGUGGUCCCUCGCCUCCUGAUCGCCUCUUCAAGAUCGUCCUGGUGGGGAACUCCAGUGUGGGAAAGACCUCCCUCCUUCGACGAUUUUGUGAUGACAGCUUCCAACCUGGCACUUCUGCCACUGUGGGUAUAGAUUACAGUGUGAAGACAAUAACUGUGGACAACAGCCAGGUGGCGCUGCAGAUGUGGGAUACAGCUGGACAGGAGAGGUAUCGAAGCAUCACCAAACAGUUCUUUCGAAAGGCUGACGGUGUUGUUGUGAUGUAUGACAUCACAGCAGAGCAGAGCUUCACAGCUGUCAGACUAUGGCUGACAAGUGUAAAGGAGAGUGCAGGCGAGGACAUUCCCAUCAUGCUGUUGGGAAACAAAACCGACAAGGAGAUGGAGAGACAAGUUCAGAAAGGAUUGGGCCAGAGGCUUGCCGAGGACAACCAGCUGACUUUCUAUGAGUGCAGUGCAUGCUCCGGACACAAUGUGGCGCAGUCCAUGGUUCAUUUAGCCAGAAUUCUGAAAGAGCAAGAGGACAGAGAGAAGGAGAAGACGGUCCAGCUGGACAGCAGCUCCUCAGAUAAGAAGAGAUCCUGCUGCUAACAGUUAAACAGUUAACACAUACACAGUAGCACUACCCUUUACUAACAUACACGCGAUGGUGUGACCACAUGUGCCACAGAGGACACAUUAUUCUGAACGUCAGCACAACUGUUUCUCACACAGUCUUCCUUCCACUAUGUAGUACUCUGGGUACACCCAGCACCAGGAUCAAUGCUUAACUUAUGUAGUCAUGUUUUACAGAUGUUAUUGCACUGUUAGAAACAGUCUACUCUGUAUGUUUACCUGCAUCAUUGACAUUAUGAAGGAAAAGUUAGAUGUAAAAACAAAUGAACAAAUUGGAUCAAACUAAGUCCACUUUGACUCAAACUAAGACUUUCCUUUUUCAAAUUGUUGGAUAUUCCUCCAAAGUCUGACUGUAGCUCUCAAAUAUUUAUUUAGCAUCCUAAGGCCCUGUCACAUAGGGCACAUAGGGGCUCUUUAUUGUAUGUGUUAAUAUAUUCAUUCAGUAUUGUGUGUGUGUUUUGCUUCUUCAUCCUUUGUACUUAUGGACACAACAACAUGAACAACUGUAAAAAUGAAUACAUUAUCAGAGGGCCUUAGAGGUGGAUUGUGUUAGUUUGUCCCCUGUACAUCAUCAUUGUUGUUUUUCCUCAAUAGACCAAAUGUAGUUUAGUGCUGAAAAUAUUUAUUUCUUAUCUGCCUAACCUGCCUCUGUGCCAAGUAUUUUAUGAAAAUGGUGUCACUAUAAGAUGUUAUGUCAUCUGUAUUGUAUGUUAGGUAAUCAAGAAGGUUAAAAUUAGAAUUUUGGUAAAAACAGAUUUUACUGUUGAUAUUGCACUAUACUCAGUAGUGCUUCACUACUGCCAUUGUCUUGUGUACCACUUUAAUGCAUAAACAUGUAAAUAACAUAAAACACAUUAAUAAAGAAUUGUUGUUGUUAAUAUCAUUUUUAAAGGACCUGGUGACAAAGUGAUUACUUUUUGCUAUGAUGACAUUAAAAUAAGUGAUACAGCAUCACCCA